ACUGCCCCUCUUGCAAUCCACAACGACCAUGAUGCGAAAGCUAGGAGUUUGUAUUUUAUCAUCCUGCAUUAAAAUCCCAUACGUUUGUUCACGGACCACAAACACAAUUAUUUAGUUCUAUUUAGUUCUAUUUGUUUAGAUCUAUUUCUCUAUCAGUCAGACAUCUCCCCACCAGCUCGAAACCCAAUGGUUCAACUUUUCUUUCAAAGAAUUUCUACACUAUUCUCUUCAUAAUGCUGUUCCCUGAGAUUUUAUUUUAUUUUAUUUGUAAUUCACUAUUACAUUAAGAUUUCUAGUUAUGUUUAGGUUAUGAUGAUAAUCUCUCUGUCAUUUCUCAGCUCAGCGUUCACUUGAAGCUAACAGCCCUUGCUGCCAUUCGGGUGAGAGCCGUUUAGUUUAGUAAUGCCAGGCGGGGAUCUUCUUUAGCAUUCAUUGGAACUUUGAAACUGGAUAGCGUGUAAUUCAGCGGCUCAGUGCAAGUAAAGAAUCCGCUUCUAACAAAUACGAAAGCAUCCGCGAUUUCAUCACGGAAGGAUGUGAAUCUCAGCAGUUUAGACUGGAAGCGAGAACACCCGAUGCCUCCGGCAGCGGCAAACUCUGGGGUCCGGCCGGGCGACCCCUGAGGCGCAGCAGGACGCGCACAACACAGCCGAGGGCCGCCGCACCACCGCGGCCGUUUCCGGCUGCGCACACCUGCCCUUGUCAUUUCCGCCGGGCAGCCGGAGGAGGAAAGCCGGCGGAUACGAGCACAGCCGAAGGGCAAACCCCUCCCCGCCGCGGCUGCCGGUUAUUUUUAGUUCCGGCCGCGAGGCUCGAGCGACGCCGAUCCCUUCCGGUGGCUCAGGCGGGGAGAGGUCGCGCCGCGCCGCGCCGCCUCUGCCAGCCUCUCGCCCACCUUCGGGGCCUACCCGCGCCUCGGGUCUCCUCCGCGCCGAGCCGGGCGGGGGGGCGGCGCCUUCGCGCUCUCUGAGCCGCGCCGAGGGGAGGCGGCGGCGGAUCUGGGCUCGGCGGAGGCGGAAGGGGCGGGCGGACGCGGCCUGACUCUGCGGGACGUGCGAUACUGGUUAUCUUCCUGGGAAACAUCGCUGUUUGCAUAUAGAGAAUCUCUUGCUGAAUUACUGCAACUGAGUGUAGAAUGUUACUUUACUUGUGAUUCUGAUGGAGGAAUAACCAGAUCUCAGGCUGCUGCACUGGAAGACCUUACAGGAAAUAAAAAAUGUCAUCUAAUAGGAGUCAGAACCCACAUGGACUUAAACAAAUUGGUCUUGACCAGAUAUGGGAUGACCUAAGAGCUGGAAUUCAACAGGUUUACACCAGACAAAGCAUGGCAAAAUCCAGAUAUAUGGAACUCUACACUCAUGUUUAUAACUACUGUACUAGUGUACACCAGUCUAAUCAAGCACGAGGAGCUGGAGUACCUCCUUCUAAAUCGAAAAAAGGUCAGACACCUGGAGGUGCUCAGUUUGUGGGUUUGGAAUUGUACAAACGACUAAAAGAAUUCCUGAAGAACUACUUGACGAAUCUCCUUAAGGAUGGUGAGGAUUUGAUGGAUGAAAGUGUGUUGAAAUUCUACACUCAACAGUGGGAAGAUUAUAGGUUUUCAAGCAAAGUACUGAAUGGGAUAUGUGCCUACCUCAAUCGACACUGGGUUCGUCGUGAGUGUGAUGAAGGUCGUAAAGGAAUAUAUGAAAUUUAUUCGCUUGCCUUGGUGACCUGGAGAGACUGCUUAUUCAGGCCGUUAAAUAAGCAGGUAACAAAUGCUGUAUUGAAAUUGAUUGAAAAGGAAAGAAAUGGUGAAACUAUCAAUACAAGGCUGAUCAGUGGAGUCGUACAAUCUUACGUGGAACUGGGGCUGAAUGAAGAUGAUGCAUUUGCAAAAGGACCUACACUAACUGUCUAUAAAGAAUCAUUUGAAUCUCAGUUUCUUGCUGACACAGAGAGAUUUUAUACACGAGAAAGUACUGAAUUCUUACAACAGAACCCAGUCACAGAGUACAUGAAGAAGGCUGAGGCUCGCCUUCUUGAGGAGCAACGUAGGGUUCAAGUGUAUCUCCAUGAGAGCACACAAGAUGAAUUAGCACGAAAGUGUGAGCAAGUACUUAUUGAAAAACACCUGGAGAUAUUUCAUACAGAGUUUCAGAAUUUAUUGGAUGCUGAUAAAAAUGAAGACUUGGGGCGUAUGUAUAAUCUCGUAUCUCGAAUCCAGGAUGGCCUCGGAGAGCUGAAAAAGCUGUUGGAAACUCACAUUCAUAAUCAGGGUCUAGCUGCAAUUGAGAAAUGUGGCGAAGCAGCUCUAAAUGAUCCAAAAAUGUAUGUACAGACAGUGCUGGAUGUCCAUAAGAAAUACAAUGCUUUAGUCAUGUCAGCAUUCAACAAUGAUGCCGGUUUUGUGGCUGCACUAGACAAAGCUUGUGGUCGAUUUAUAAAUAAUAAUGCAGUGACAAAAAUGGCUCAAUCAUCCAGUAAAUCCCCAGAGCUACUGGCACGAUACUGCGAUUCUUUACUGAAGAAAAGCUCAAAGAAUCCAGAAGAAGCAGAAUUGGAAGAUACACUCAAUCAAGUGAUGGUUGUCUUCAAAUACAUUGAAGAUAAAGAUGUGUUUCAAAAAUUCUAUGCUAAAAUGCUUGCAAAAAGACUUGUACAUCAGAACAGUGCUAGUGAUGAUGCUGAGGCAAGCAUGAUCUCUAAACUUAAACAAGCUUGUGGUUUUGAAUAUACAUCCAAGUUGCAGCGGAUGUUCCAAGAUAUUGGUGUAAGCAAGGACUUGAAUGAGCAAUUUAAAAAGCACCUGACCAAUUCAGAACCACUGGAUUUGGAUUUCAGCAUACAGGUGCUGAGUUCUGGAUCAUGGCCAUUUCAGCAGUCUUGCACGUUUGCUCUGCCCUCUGAGUUAGAACGGAGCUAUCAGAGAUUUACUGCAUUUUAUGCCAGUCGUCAUAGUGGAAGAAAAUUAACGUGGUUGUAUCAGCUUUCCAAAGGGGAACUGGUCACCAACUGUUUCAAAAAUAGAUACACAUUACAGGCAUCCACAUUCCAGAUGGCAAUUUUACUGCAGUACAACACAGAAGAUGCCUACACCGUGCAGCAGUUGACAGACAGUACUCAAAUAAAAAUGGAUAUCUUGGCACAAGUUCUACAGAUACUGUUGAAAUCAAAAUUACUUGUUUUGGAAGAUGAAAAUGCAAAUGUUGAUGAGGUGGAGCUAAAACCGGAUACCUUAAUAAAGCUGUAUCUUGGUUAUAAAAACAAAAAGUUAAGGGUGAACAUCAAUGUGCCAAUGAAAACUGAACAGAAGCAGGAGCAAGAAACUACACAUAAAAAUAUAGAGGAAGAUAGGAAACUACUGAUUCAGGCUGCUAUUGUAAGAAUCAUGAAAAUGAGGAAGGUUCUAAAACACCAGCAACUACUUGGAGAAGUGUUAACACAGCUGUCCUCAAGGUUCAAGCCACGCGUUCCAGUAAUUAAGAAAUGCAUUGAUAUCUUGAUUGAGAAGGAGUACUUGGAACGUGUCGAUGGUGAGAAGGACACCUACAGUUACUUGGCUUAAUGUUUUUAUUAGCAAUUUUCUGACUGUGUGACACUCGGCAAAUAGGUAUGUGAUGGAAAGAAUGAAAGCAACGGAACUUCAUAGCAGCCACCCUGCUGCCAUUUGGACCUCCCUUUUUAAUAACUGAGACCAGGACUCCCCAUCAGCCAGUCUCAGAUUUACAUCAGAACUGCUCAGGAUUGAUACAUUUCAAGUAUGUAAAUAUGGACACCAAUGCCAUUUAACCUAAUUUAAGAACAGAGAGGAAUCAGACCCUUCUCAUUUAAGGGUUGCAUGCUACUGCAUUUAAAUCAAUACAUUGGCUAUAUGGUAAACAGCUGCCAUCACUGGCAGCACUUACAAAUGUUGGCAGCACUUUGAGAGCAAGUCUGAAUGGACCCAUGUGUAAUCUGCUAUGGAAAAACCAUUUGUAUAGUGUGUUUCAUUUUUUAAUGUGUGAUAAAUAAAAAAAAAAAGUUAAAAGAUUUCUGUACAAGUUGCAUUUGGUUUUAUUAAGUUUCAUGAUUUCUAAAUGUAAAUAAAAGGUAUAAUAAUGGUUAUG